AGAAGAGGCAAAUAUUGAAAGAGGAUUAAAGGGAAUGGCUGAUCACUUUGAUGAGAAAAGUGGAGUUGUUAAGUCUAGAACCCCUUGGGGAACUUGGGCACAGACAAUAGAGGAGGUGUUUAUUGAAGUAGAAGUUCCCCAAGGGACCAGAGGAAAAGACGUUCAAUGCGAUAUCAAGACAAAAAGUAUUUCAUGUGUGGUGCAUGGGAAGGAAAUAUUUAAAGGAGAACUCUAUGGUAAAGUAUUACAAGAUGACAGUAUUUGGACAGUAGAGGACAAGAAGUUGGUUCAUAUCGUAUUAGUCAAGUCUGAAAGAGAUGCAUCAAAAGGCUGGAAGUCACUCCUAAAAGAUCAAUACCUCACAGACCCACUGACUUACGAUGAGAUGGAGAAAAAACUAACACUAGAAAGAUUUCAGAAURAGAACCCUGGUUUUGAUUUCAGUGGUGCAGAAGUGACAGGAAACUAUACAGGUGGUGGUCCCAAACUACCAUCUCAAAACUAAGAAUAAUACUUUUAUAUUUAUGGAAUAUAAGCAAAGCUCAAAUUAACAGCCAGCCAGUCACUAGUCAUAAUUACUGGCAAAAAUACUUUUACCUCAGCCAUACCUUGUUUCUGGAAUGUUACUGGUUGACUGUUUAAGGAUCACCAGCAAGGCAAAGUUUGACUGGACUAGUCCCUACUAAUUUUUUAACUCUCACCAUUAUUUUAAGCCCUGAUAAGAAGACAUACAGGGURUGCUGUGCCAAUAGAGUAGGUUUCAUGCAAAAUAGCAUUGUUGCAGUAUGAAAUUCCCAACAUCUAUUGAACCAAUCACAUGCAGCAGACACAAUCACUGCUCAGGCAAUGAAAGUUCUUAGGCUGAAAUGAAUUCUAUUUAUGUCCUAAUUUAGUUCAUUUAUGUGUGAACAUCCAUAUAUUUUGUAUAAAAUUAAUUAGGCUUUUACUGAAAAUUAUAUUACAUGUUACAGAGACACCAGAAAUAGAUGUAAUGAUUAAUGUUAAAUUUUUCUAAGUAAAUAAGUUUUCAAAUAUAAAUCUCUGAUAUCUCAUUACUGAGACAUAAAAAGUUAACAUAUUUUACUGACCUUUUUAAUGAAAAAUAGAUAAACUAGCUCUAUAACUAUGCCGUAAUAGAGCUGGUAACUUUGGCCAUAAAUACUUUUCGCUAAUAUUUGAAUCCUUUUACUAACAGUUCCACUUCACUGGUUUGGAUAUUUAAAAAGACUAUAUUUGAAGAAUAUAAUCCUCCCAGUUAAAUUUCCUAAUAGACUAGUAAUGUAAAAUAUAAAAUUCUUAUUCUGGGAAAUAAAAAAAAACCUUGAAACCUUGAAUAAUGGACUGAUUGAGAACUUCAGAACGGUUAGAAAAAAACAAAUAACCAUUUAAACAUAUUUCAAAAAGAGUUUAUGUCGCUUAUUUGACCAUGUAUCUUGAAAUAGAUAUAAUUAUUUCAUCAGCUCUUUAGGUCAAUUUUAGUUGCCAUCAGUGUAAUUUUAGAUGGAACCUAUUAAUACUUAGUGGCGUCAGUAAUACUGUUUUCUCCAGUUUCAAAACCACAUCUGCAUAGUUUUACUAAUUGAGUGUCAUUCCACUUCACUGGUUAAAAUAUGUACAAAAGUGGUACAUUUUUAUUAAAAUAAAACACAUUCAAAAGGUGUACACUUUUGAAUAAAUUUGAUGUGAAAAAAAAGUGUUCGCAAAUUCUGAAAGGAAAAAUACAUCUAAAAUGUUCCAAAGAACCCGCUCCCAAAUAGCAAUACAUAACAAAUAUUAGGUGUUAAAUAAGCUCCAGCAUACCAGCACAUUGGGCAACCUAGUGCACACUCCAAGAGCGUCUUGUUGCAUUUUUUGCAAAAUUUCUUAAUAGAAUCACUAGUUAUUUAUAAUAAAAUAAAAAUCAUAGGAUAAAAGCUGCAAAUUCGGCGUAAAAAAAUGUCUACGUUCCGUACGAUCCAGCCAACCRAAGUCCAGUCCAUUCCAUCUAUGCACGGUUCCUAAUUUUCCAAAAUUAAAAAACAGUCAAAAUUCGGGCAUUUAGAUGCGGAAAAAGAGUUUUAGAAGUUGGGCAUGUUUUUGCUAUACAUUAAGAGUAUCCAUGGCCAUUCAAAAGGUGAAAAUUAAAAACUUUUUUGUGAUUCAAGUUCCAGUCACUCUGAGGCCCAGUCACUUCCAAUCCAUUUCAGUCACAACCAAUCYAUUCCAGUCACAUCCAAAUAACUUCAAUUUAUCUUAAUAGCAUCUUAAUGAAGGAAACUUAGUUGUAAAGCCUGUAAAGAUCCACAGAGUCACCUAUAGACACAUGAAUUAUACAGUCCUU